UAAGAAUUAGAAUAAAAAUUUUCGUUUGCAUAGACUCUGCAAUAAACUUUAUUAUGCUUUAUUACACGUGCUAAUGGGUUAACAAAGUGAUUACGAUCUCACGUGCCUGUGUAGUGAAAAACUAAAAUCUCGUUCACAGAUAAACAAUAGCCUCGCAUGGCGGUUUUUUGUAAUUCAAAACAUGUGUGAAACAUCGUUCUAUAAUCGUUAUCUGUAUUAUCGCUUGCCGAGCUGCUUCUAUUUGCUUCGAUUGAUUGCGAUAAUCAUUAAAAGCUUCUAGUGUUCGAUUGAUGAGCGCGAACGGAGGAUUCGGACCAUCGUUUGGUUUUACUUAGUGUUUGUUGAUUUGAGUGCGGUAAGUUAAGAUGUUUCGUUUGGCGAUUUCUACUAUCGCUUGUCGUACAAUGAUGAUGGAGCAAGUUUCAAUGCUGAUGAAGAAACAAUUUACAACGUCAUGGACAAAAAUGCAUUUGUAUUCCACUGUGUCAUUUUCCAGCAACUGCAGCAAAAUUAUGGAGCAAAACUACGAGAAUGCUAUUGCUACGUUAAACACACUACAAUCCAACAAUAGCGUUUUACAGGAUUCCAUCCAAAGCAGGCAUAAAAACGAUUCAAAGCAUACAAGCGACACAGUAAUUUUUUUAAAACGAAUCGGAAUUACAAUGGAAAAGUUGGAUCUACUCCCCGUGAUACAUGUUUCUGGAACUAAGGGAAAGGGGACAACGUGUGCUAUGGUGGAAUCGAUUCUCCGCUUUAAUGGUUAUCGCACCGGGUUCUAUAGCUCACCGCACUUGGUGUCUGUAACGGAACGCAUCCGUCUAGAUGGACAACCGAUUUCAAAAGACCGUUUUGCGGAGCAUUUUUGGAAAAUCUACAACAUGCUGUUCGCUGCCCAGGAACGCGAUUCGGAUAUGCCAUCGUACUUUGGAUUCCUGACCUUGCUAGCUUUAAACGUGUUCAUUGGCUCUGUGGAUGUAGCAGUAAUAGAAGUUGGGAUUGGCGGACGGUACGAUUGCACAAACGUUAUACGAAAUACACAGACGGUCGGCAUUACCUCUCUUGGACUGGAACAUACACAGCUGUUAGGAGAAACGUUGGAAGCGAUUGCUUGGCAAAAAGCUGGAAUCGUAAAGCAAGGAUCAGAAGUAUUUGUCGCAGAGCAACCAGCUGAAUGCAUUGCUGUAAUUGAAAACGAAUGUCGCCUUAAAAAUGCGAAGCUACACAUUGUUCCGUCUCGGUUGGAACAGUAUCGUUGGACGAAGAUACCUACAAUGGCGCACAAUCGCUGUCCGGAGAUGGAAAUUAAUACAUCGCUGGCAAUUCAAAUAGCGGUGAACUGGAUUCGGCGUACACGUCCCCAUAUUUUACCAUUUGACGAUAAGCUGCUGAUUCCUGAAAACAUUGUAGAAGGUGUCAAUUGUUAUUUUUGGCCCGGAAGAUUACAAAUCAUUCCAUGUGAGGGAAAGCGAACAAUUUUCCUAGACGGCGCUCAUACACCGGAUAGCAUAGCAGUGUGCGCACGAUGGUUCAAAACGAAAUCAGCAAACGAGCACAAACGAUUGUUGGUCUUCAAUUCUACCGGUGACCGGGAUGCUUUGUCACUUUUGUCUACAUUGGCGCGAACCAUUGCCUUCGACGCAGCAUUCUUCACACCAAAUUUGGCUUUUACUGCCUCCAGUACUAUCUUCGAUACUGUUAAUCAUAAUUUUCCCCUAGAAUUACAAAUACAGCGUUGUGAAAAAUAUCACGCACAUUGGAUAAACCAUUUAAAACAAACUGCAGGGUUCGUGCAUAAUUCUGUGAAAUCAAUCUUCGAUUACAUUGACAACAACUAUCCAGCACGCGAUGAAUCAUGCGACAUUUUAAUUACCGGUUCGAUUCAUCUUCUUGGUGCAACACUUAUAGCGUUAAGAAUGGAGGAUCGUGUUUUAUGGCGUUAGUCGUUUCCUGUCCCCCCGCUGAUAGAGCAUUCGGUAACGCAUUGGUAUAUCGCGUUUUGUGGUUGCACUAGCGCCUUCCGGUACAAUAUUCAUAAUAAAACCGGUGUUUUGUAUAAUAUUGCGAGAAGGCUCUUAUUUAUUUCUAGUAGAACAGUCGUGUUACAGUUGUAAAUCCAAUCAAACAUAGCAAAGUCGACACAGGCGCCUUUUACAUUAGGCGCCAGUGUGAUAUGUCAGAACGAACGAAU